AUGCGGCGGUACGCUGAGUGGUUGUGGGAGCGAUUCCACCGACUGUCCGAACGAUGGAGGUGGUUGUUGCCUACCAGGUUAUGCUUGCUAUCAAGAGGGAUGUGUACAGACUGCCACCACUACCCUCCUCGUUGCACCCUCGACCUCCCAAGCUCCAGAAACCGUCACAGUGACUGCAGUCACCACCAUCUCACAAUCGAAUGGCGAACCGUCUACUGUGACUACUACUGUGAUCAUUGGAGGCUCGCCAACGGGAGCGACAACGGAGCAGACGAGUGCGCCCACCACCAGCGGAACCUCGGAAAGCCCGUCCUCGACUGA